AUGAAGAAGCGCCAGGGAAAAGUCGUAGACACCGCCACUCCUCCCCCUCAAGGGGACGAGAUCAAGAAAGAGAACAAACUCGCCUGUUUUCUUCGCACUUGCAAUGCUGCAAUGCCCACUUGUGUCCAGCAACUCAUCCAAGCGGUUGGGGAUGAGCUACGUUCGGUGUACAGACGCCCGCGCGAGGCUCUCUUGUCUGUAGUCAAUCUUCUCUGCGUCCUCUUCACCGCUCUCAUGCUUUGGAGAGUCCUCGUCGUCUUCUCCAACUCUCCUUCUCCUGUAGUCGUGGUCCUCAGUGGGUCCAUGGAGCCUGCCUUGCAAAGAGGAGACAUUCUCUUCCUCGUGGACCGUGGCCCAGAACUCAAAGCAGGUGACAUCGUUGUCUUCAAGGUCGACGGCCGGGAGAUUCCAAUUGUGCAUCGAGUGCUCUCUCUGCAUGAAAAUAAAGAAGGCGAAAUGGCUAUGCUGACGAAAGGCGACAACAACUCUGUCGACGAUCGGGGUCUGUAUGCAGAGAAGCAGCUGUGGCUGAACCGGACGAACGUGGUAGGUUCAACAGUCACAUUCCUCCCGUACGCGGGCAUGGUGACGAUCGUACUGAACGACUACCCUGUCGUAAAGUGGUGUGCGAUCGGGGGUAUGCUCCUUCUCGCCUUUCUGGGCUAUGAAUAA